ACACGCAUUUUACUUAUAUUCCCUCGUUCUCUUUCCCGGAUUCUAUUCCCGAACUUUCCCUCUCUCCAAAAAUGUCAAACUACAAAGUGGAUUACCCCACUGUUGAAACCCCUGAUAAAGCGAAUCUGAGUGCCAGGGUUUUCAAACCAAAAGACGAGAUCAAAGACAACCUAGUGAUAGUCCUUGUCCAUCCAUACUCGGUCUUGGGUGGUCGCCAGGCUCUUUUGAAAGGGAUUGCUACUGGGUUAGCUGAAUAUGGUUACCGGGCUGUUACUUUUGACAUGAGGGGAGUUGGAAGGUCGACUGGAAGAGCUUCUCUCACAGGUUUCGCUGAAGUCAAGGAUGUCAUAGCUGUCUGCAAUUGGGUUUCUGAAAAUCUUUCUUCUGAUAGAAUCUUGUUGGUGGGUUCUUCUGCAGGGGCGCCAAUCGCGGGGUCUGCAGUGGAUCAAGUCGAGCAAGUUGUGGGCUAUGUAAGUCUGGGAUACCCUUUUGGGAUGAUGGCCUCAAUCCUUUUUGGAAGACACCACAAAGCCAUCCUGCAAUCCUCGAAACCUAAGCUCUUUGUCAUGGGAACUCGGGAUGGAUUUACGAGCGUCAAACAGCUCGAGAACAAGCUCAAGUCUGCUGCAGGACACAAUGAAACACAUCUGAUAGAAGGAGUUAGCCACUUUGAAAUGGAAGGCCCUGCUUAUGAUGCUGCUAUGGUUAAACUUGUCCUCAAAUUCAUCGACUCAUUGGAGGACAAGCAGCCUGUUCUUUAAACACUAGUAGAAAGCGAUCUGAUUAUAAAUAUAUAGUAUUAUUUUGUGUAAUUUGCCGGACUUUAGACCUUCGGUUUCCAUCCUGUAUGAUCAAAUGAAAAAAAUUGAGUUUCAGUGAA